AUGCUGCAGCAGGUGAGUGUAAUGUGUCCUGCGUGGCUAUUGGUCGCCGUGGCGAUGGUGGGCGUGGCCAGAGGAGCUGCCAGCCAGUGCUGGGAACAUCCGAGCUGUCAGGAGGUGAACUCUGAGAGCAGCAUACUGGAGUGUAUCCAGCUCUGUCACUCCGCCCUCACCGCCGAGAGGCCUGUCAUCCCGGGCGAUGCCCACCUCCAGCCUCCUCCUCCAGACACCGAGUCUCUGCCUCCCCUCUCUCUUUUAUCCCCCUCCUCCUCCUUCCUCUCCUCUCCUCAGGCCAAGCGCUCCUACUCCAUGGAGCACUUCCGCUGGGGGAAGCCCGUUGGGCGGAAGCGCCGCCCGGUCAAAGUCUUCGCCUCCAACGGCGUGGAGGAAGAGUCCGGCGAGCUGUUCCCCGAAGAGAUGAGGAGGCGGGAACUCGCCGGCAAGAUGACAGCGACAGAGGAGGAGGAGGGAGAGGAGGAGAGGGCGCAGGAGGUGGCGGAAGAGGAGCAGGACCAGCUGCCGGGCGACGUCCACGAGAAGAAAGACGGCACGUACAAGAUGAAGCACUUCCGCUGGGGCAGCCCGCCGACCAGCAAGCGCUACGGCGGCUUCAUGAAGAGCUGGGACGAGCGCAGCCAGAGGCCACUGCUCACGCUCUUCAAAAACGUCAUCAACAAAGACGGACGGCAGCAGGAGAGCGAGCAGUGA